UAAAGAGGUCACGACAGCAGGAAGCUGUUGCAAGGGGCUUACCCGUAGUCAAGAUGGCGGCGUGCAGGGGGUUCGGCAGUCUGUGGCACCGCUGGCGGCGGGGUACAGAGAACUUUCUAUUAACAAACAGGGCUCUGCAAAAACAAUACCCAUUUUUCCAAAACAAGCAAUUGACGUUUCAGGUUUCUCUAGCCCAUACAGACAUUCAACAGCCCAAGGAAAACUCUUUGGUAUCCGUUUUAGAUGAGCCAGAUACACUGUAUAAGAAACUGGCUGUUUUGGUUAAAGGUCAUGACAGAGCUGUAUUGGAUAGUUACGAAUAUUUCAUAUUACUUGCUGCUAAAGAACUUGGCAUUUCUAUUGUAAAGGUAGAACAGCCUCCAAAGAAGAUACAACGAUUCACUCUUCUGAAAUCAGUGCACAUUUUCAAGAAGCACAGAGUUCAGUAUGAAAUGAGGACACAUUACCGAUGUUUAGAGUUGAAGCAUUUAACUGGCAGCACAGCCAAUGUUUAUUUGGAAUACAUUCAACGAAACUUGCCUGAAGGGGUUGCCAUGGAAGUAAAAAAGACUAGAUUAGAAAAACUUCCUGAACAUAUUCAAAAGCCUAUUUGGGACACACUGCCUCAAGUAGAAGAAACAGCAAGUCAAUCAUGAGCAAAGUCUGAUCCUGAAACAAAUAAGCCUGUGUUGUUUAAUGGCUGAACUGCUAAUCUGGAAGACUGCUAAGAAAUCAAGGAAAGGUCUUUUGAUAACUGUGGUACUUUUUCUGUCUCUCUCUAAGAAAAGAUUUUCAUCAUGCUAUUCAAAAACUCCUGCUUGUGCAUAUUAAGACACACAAUCUACAGGCUGUAAAAUAAACUUAUUAUAAAUGGA